GACGCACCAUCAAUGUCAAACCUAAGACUUCACUGUGAGACAGCUGACCUGAGGAUUUGUUCUUAUAGUGGGGUGAUUGCUCUAUUAUUUACAGUUAGCUCUGUUUGAAGAGGUUAUAGAGGAGAGAGCGUGAGUUCAAACCGCUUAUGUAGUUUGUCUUUUCCGUUUCUUUGUCGCGGACUCUCGCAGGCGAAUCUCACCAGACAGGAUGCGCCUCACGCUGCAAAUGUUGAUCUCGCAUGGCCGGGUGGCCCGGAAGAUGGGUCUGGGUCCGCAAUCCCGGAUCAACAUGCUGCGGAACAUUUUGACAGGACUGGUUCGACAUGAGAGGAUAGAAACCACGCUGGCCAGAGCAGAUGAAGUCCGCUUCUACGCCGAAAAGCUGAUUGAUUAUGCCAAAAAGGGAGACACUGAUGAGAAGGCGAUGAAAAUGGCCAGUUUUUGGCUGACGGAAAAGGAUCUGGUCCCAAAGCUCUUCAAGGUCCUUGCCCCGCGGUUUGAGACUCAGCCGAAUGGUUACACACGGAUGGCACGCAUCCCCAACAGACAGAACCUGGACAGAGCUAAGAUGGCCGUCCUGGAGUACAAAGGCAACCCCUUCCCGCCUCUCUAUCCUGUGAAAAAGGAGAAUGAACUGACUCUCAUCAACCAGCUGCUCAAAGGCUACAGAGAGGACAGGGCACAACAGUUAGCAGCAAAAUCAUAAUUCAUACCAUGGUGUUGGAUAAAUGUUCGCUGAAGGUUGAUGGUUGGAUGCUGAAAUGCACUGAAGAGUCACUUGCAGAUUGUGGCCUAUAGAGACUGAUGCAUUUCUUCAGCAGAAGAAUGGCUCAAAAGCUACGGUGUAAAUUGAAGCUUAGAACAUUUCUGUAUGUUCUAAGCAAUGGGUUAUGUAUUAAUAAACUUGAUUUCCCAACAAAAAUAACAGGUAUUCCCUUUUUGUCUUUGGAUACUAAACUAUCCAGAUUUGCCCUUGUUGCUUAACAUUAGCUCACAACAGGGGAAAAUUCUCUUCUUGUAUCCAUUUAAUAAUUGAAUAGUGCUUUUUUCCCUGAAAUUCUA